CCUGCUCCGCCCCCGCCCCCGCACGCGCGGUGCAUGCCGGUCUUAGCCCCUCUGUAGGGAAAGAGGGUCCGCCAUGUUCCCCGGCGGCGCCGCCGCUUGGCUCUGGUAGCCGCCGCCCCCGCCCCCAACCCCGCCCGGCCCAGCGCCUAGCCGAGCCCCGGGCCCAGCAUGGCCGCCCCGGAGCCGGCCCGGGCUGCACCGCCCCCACCCCCGCCCCCGCCGCCCCCUCCCGGGGCUGACCGAGUCGUCAAAGCUGUCCCUUUCCCCCCAACGCAUCGCUUGACAUCUGAAGAAGUUUUUGAUAUGGAUGGGAUACCCAGGGUUGAUGUUUUGAAGAACCACUUAGUAAAAGAAGGUCGGGUAGAUGAAGAAAUUGCACUUAGAAUUAUCAAUGAGGGUGCUGCCAUUCUUCGGAGAGAGAAAACCAUGAUAGAAGUAGAGGCUCCAAUUACAGUGUGUGGUGACAUCCAUGGCCAAUUUUUUGAUCUGAUGAAACUUUUUGAAGUAGGAGGAUCACCUGCUAAUACACGAUACCUUUUUCUUGGUGAUUAUGUGGACAGAGGUUAUUUUAGUAUAGAGUGUGUCUUAUAUUUAUGGGUCCUGAAGAUUCUAUACCCAAGCACAUUAUUUCUUCUGAGAGGCAACCAUGAAUGCAGACACCUUACUGAAUAUUUUACCUUUAAGCAGGAAUGUAAAAUUAAAUAUUCAGAAAGAGUCUAUGAAGCUUGUAUGGAAGCUUUUGAUAGCCUGCCUCUUGCUGCACUUUUAAACCAACAAUUUCUUUGUGUUCAUGGUGGACUUUCACCAGAAAUACACACACUGGAUGAUAUUAGGAGAUUAGAUAGAUUCAAAGAGCCACCUGCAUUUGGACCAAUGUGUGACUUGCUAUGGUCUGAUCCUUCUGAAGAUUUUGGAAAUGAAAAAUCACAGGAACAUUUUAGUCACAAUACAGUUCGAGGAUGUUCUUAUUUUUAUAACUAUCCAGCAGUGUGUGAAUUUUUGCAAAACAAUAAUUUGUUAUCGAUUAUUAGAGCUCAUGAAGCUCAAGAUGCAGGCUAUAGAAUGUACAGAAAAAGUCAAACUACAGGGUUCCCUUCAUUAAUAACAAUUUUUUCGGCACCUAAUUACUUAGAUGUCUACAAUAAUAAAGCUGCUGUAUUAAAGUAUGAAAAUAAUGUGAUGAAUAUUCGACAAUUUAACUGUUCUCCACAUCCUUACUGGUUGCCCAAUUUUAUGGAUGUCUUCACAUGGUCUUUACCAUUUGUUGGAGAAAAAGUGACAGAAAUGUUGGUAAAUGUUCUGAGUAUUUGCUCUGAUGAUGAACUUAUGACUGAAGGAGAAGACCAGUUUGAUGAACGGCUCAUAUAUGGCAAUAAAAAAGUAGGUUCAGCUGCAGCCCGGAAAGAAAUCAUAAGAAACAAAAUUCGAGCAAUUGGCAAGAUGGCAAGGGUCUUCUCUGUUCUCAGGGAGGAGAGUGAAAGUGUGCUGACACUCAAGGGCCUGACUCCCACAGGGAUGUUGCCUAGUGGAGUGUUAGCUGGAGGACGGCAGACCCUGCAAAGUGCCACAGUUGAGGCUAUUGAGGCUGAAAAAGCAAUACGAGGAUUCUCUCCACCACAUAGAAUCUGCAGUUUUGAAGAGGCAAAGGGUUUGGAUAGGAUCAAUGAGAGAAUGCCACCCCGGAAAGAUGCUGUACAGCAAGAUGGUUUCAAUUCUCUGAACACCGCACAUGCCACUGAGAACCACGGGACUGGCAACCAUGGUACCCAGUGACCCACGGCUUCCCAGGGACUCUCACAUCUCGGGCCCCAAAUGGACAGAUCACCCGAGGAGCUGGAGGGGUCGGUCAAGCUGACUGUAAAUGUCACAGUCCCUCUGGAGAAACCAUUGUGCUUUUGAGACCCCAGCCCCCUUCCUGGAUGGAGGCUUGAGGGCCCUGGGACAUGUUGUGCUAUCUGAUAAGAUUGGGUCAUCGCUGCCAAGGUGGAGAGCAGUGAGCAAGGGGCUUGGGGCAAUUUCCAGUGGAGGGCAACUACACCUCCAUUUAUGCUUGUGGUUCACACAUUUAAGUUUACAAAUGAGAUUUCUUUUUCUCCUCAGUAGAAUUAGAUUUUGUUUUUCAACCAUAACUUCAAAUACAAUCCUAAGAGAUAAUGUGGACUUUUUUUUUUCCCCCAUGAAAUGUCUUUAAAGGAUGAAUUAGCAUGGUCUUAAAAUACAUUUCCGAGGUUACUAAGCUGUGUUUUGAAUUAUGGGCAAAAUGCUGAGAAACCCAGUUGGCAUUUAUACAAAAUGCUAACCUCAGGUCUAUAGUUCCUAAAUGUGGCUAAUUCUGUAAUAUAGUCUUGGUAUUUUUCAAUUAUGAAUGCAUAACCUAUUUCUAGGCAGACUCUUUUACUUGUACACAAAUCCAAAAACUAAUUUAGAAUCUUUCUUGCCCAGAUCUUUUGAGAUUUACACCCCAGAGAUUUAAGAAAAUCUCUAAAUUUCAGAAUUAUGAAGAAUUACAGAAUUACUCAUUUAAGGUACUUUAAAAGAAGUUUGUACAUUGUCAAAGUAAAUUUUAAUUCAAAUCAUGUCUGUAAAACUUGACGUAUUUUGUGUAUGCAUGUUUUCAUUUUGCAAAUAUUUAAUAUAUAGACCUAUGAUGUACAGGUACGACAUGUAUAGGUUACCUAGAUGUUAUGAGAAAUUUUAGUUUAUUGUGAGUACUCAAGUUGCUUAAAUAGCCACCAGGGUGAUUUACUGCUGGCUUUCUAUCAUUUUAUGUUUUGAUGCAAAGGAAAUUUUAAAGUGUUCUGGAAGUGUUUUUGAUUAAGCAGUGCAGCAUAGAAGCAACAGUUCUGUUCAGUCAUUCAGAUGUUAGUGGAAGCAUAAAAGUCAAGACUGCAUGUUGAACAUUUUCUUUUGAUAGUUACAGAACUGCUUGGUUAGACUAAAUGGAACCAUGUGCUAAUUUUUCACAAUUACUGACUUGUAUUGAUUGCCACAGUAGUUUGGUAUUUCCCUUUACUUUGGUGGCCUGCUUCCCUCAUGCCCUGGAAUACAACUCAGAGCUCCAGGCAGCGGAACCAUCUAUUGUUUGUUUGCCAGAAAGUGCACCCUGUAUGGUCUCCUUUCUAAGUUGGAAAUAUUAUGCAUGUGCAGGACUAUUUGAGUAUUUUAUAAACAGUAGCACACAAUAAAUUCCAUGCAUGGGCCGCUGCUCCUA